AGGAGAUACAUGCAUACAUGCAAACGUACAACUUUUUACUGUAGUAUUUAUCACAUCGCAUAUACAUAUGAGAUAUGUGUAUAUAAUUUCUAAAAUUAAGUUUAUGAAAAUUGAUAGUUGAUAUAUAAUAAUUUGAAAUUUCCCCGGAUAUUCGUUGAAUUUAAUUACAUGUACCUGAACCAUUUUUAUCUCUCCAUAACAAAUGACUUCCAGUUCAAAUUCAAAUAUGGUUAUUAUAAAGAUAUCACAGAAUUAUGAAUUUAUUAAUAGAUUUCAUUUUAAAGUAUUAUAUUGAAUGUAUUACAUUCCUGUGCAAAAUAAAAUAUACGCGUAUUUUCAUUUUAUUGUCGAAGCCUUUAUUUAAUUAUGAAAAUAAUUAGACGUAACCAAAUUGUAUUACAGAUCUAAUUAUAUAUUUGACAUGUAUAUACAUUAGAGGAGUUACAUUACAAUUAAAAGAAUUGCUUUAUACAAUUUUUAUAUAAAAUAUUUUUAUUAAAUAAAUUUGUGCACUGCGAGGCACAUUGAUUCGACCCGAUCAAUGCAUAUUGAUUAACAUGAGGUGUCAUUAAGACACAAUGUUUAUUCAUGUUGCUCUAAUUUAACGCGAUAAUAAGAUUUGCUUGUCUCGAUUUAUGUUAUGUACAAAUUACAAACACGAAGAAGAAAUUUUCGGACGUCAAGGGCUAUAUAUCAAUAAUAUAGAGCAAAUGCCUGUGCUUUCACAUUUGCAAUCUUGAUUUAAUCAAUCGUACGUAAUAACCGUGAAUGCUAUUUAUGUAGUAACCAUAUAAUCUCACCGAUCAUAUUAGAUUUCCCUAUCUAAUUUGGGAAUAUUCAAUAUUCGAUCAUUCCGGUACGGAUAUUACAUUGUAUGCAUCGCCGCGGGCGCAUUAUUUCGAGCUAUACAGAUUUCCACUGAUGCAAACAACUUGAAAUGCAUUCACCAAAAUUCUAAACCUAUAUCACAAUAAUCUAUAUAAAGCUGCGGCUCUAAAUCCAGACGUUUUAAUCACAGACAUAUCAUGUCUUUGAUUUUAAUUUACAUGACAUUGAAGGUGCGUUCCGUUUCACGCAUGAUGCGCAUGAUGCAUUAUUCUUGUUCAUUAAAUGUUAAACAAAGAUAAAUGAUGCAUCAUACGCACCAUGCGUGAAACGGAAUGCACCUAUAUACGUAUACGCGUAUGGGCGGGAACAUAGACUUUUGCAUACGCAUAAUGUAUAACGCAUAAGAGAAUUUACCAAUCGGAAUCCUUCAUUUCUAUCCUGGGAAGGGAGAAGUACAGGACUCUGAUUGAUUGAUUCUCUUAUGCGUUAUGCAAGAGUCUGUACUCCUGCCCUAUCAUUAUCAGACCUGUACUCUUUAAUUGAAUUUCUUGCAUGGUUCAUCUUUCUUUUUUUUUCUUUCUUUUCACAUUGGAGAAGAAAAGAGAAAAGACGAGAUUUGUGCAAGUUCAGUUAAACCGGGCAGAUGUAUUAUUGUAGCGAUAACAUCUGAACGAAUUUUUAUUCCAUUUUUUUAAAUUUCUAUAGUCUGUUUCACUCCAAAAAUGUUAGUUCGAUAAAUGCGUAUCGUCAUAGCAACCAUGACUGCAAACAGCUGUCAAAGCUGAACCACGCAUUUACGAAUCUUUCGCACGCGUGACAUUGUCUAUGAAGAACAUUCGUCGAUCUCUUUAACGUUUUUUUAUUUCGUUUAUUUCGAUAAUUUUUUUUGUAUAAGGUUAACUAAAUAAAAUGAGUUUGCUCCCUUUACCUAAAGUACAAUGCAGUUUACCCAAAGCGAGAAAGUAUCCCAUUGACGUUCCCGGCACGGCAAAUAUAUCUUACGGGCACAAGUUACGCGAACGCAAAAGUUGCCGCAUCGCAAAGCACCAUGGUUCGAGUAGAUCUAUCUUCGACGGCACAGAGGAGGAGAAGAGGGAAUACGACCAGUUACUUAAAACUCUGGACUUCGAGAAAGAAACCGAUCGGAAAAUCAGGAACAAGAAUCUUCGCCAACGAGUCCAACGAGGUAUUAACGCGAACGUUGAUGUGGUUCUUUCUUUAUUUUUUUUCCUUACAUUUGCACUUCUUAAGAAAACUUGAGCGGAAAAAGAUAAAUGAAGAAGAUAAAAAAUUAUUUCUUUUAAAAAAACCUACAGAUAUUCUUGUCGCAGUAUUUUGCAUAAAUAUUAUACAUUUAUAUAUAAUUUAUGCUUGUUAAUUCCUCAUGAUAUAAAGUAAUUUAUAUAAUUAAUUAAUAUGUGUAUAUCCAGUCUUGCAGAAUUAUACAAAAUAUAAGUAAAGUGCCAAUUGCGAUCAAGGCUAGAUCUUGAUGCCCUAAUACUAUUUUACAGUUGCGUCUUGAAAAGCAAUCAUUGUAAAAAUACUAAGUUCUUUCUAACUUCAGUUUAUGAUUGCAAAGACCUAAUGUGUUUGGUGUGUAGUUUAUAAAACUAAAAAUGUAUUAAGAUCUAUAUACAUAUAAAAUACUAUUAGGCACUAUUUAAAAAUCAAAUCAAUAAAUUAAUUACGUUUGGUGAAAAGGCAGUAACAGUUAUUCUUAUAAUUAUUACUUCGAACAAAGAAAAGUAAAUCAUUGACGAUAUCGGUUCUCUCUUGGGGCCAUGUACUUGCGAUUUUAAUUUAUCAAAUGUAGUCAUUUCUGACAACGAAAAUCGAUAAUAAGUUCUAACACAUAAAUUAUACACUAAUGUGUAUAAUUUGCAAGCUUAUAUAUCGUUAAACUUUAACUCCAAGAGCGAAUUGGUGUCCAAGAAUGAGAAUUCUAAAAAUUAAUAAAACAACGUUACAUCGAUGAGUGACGUUGUCUAUUCCUGGGAUUCAAAUUAGCGUAACAUGUAGUUCAGUGUCUCAUGCAAUUCGGAAGACAUCCCAUCUGAAUUCUGCAUUGGCAUCAAGUUGAAUUUAGUCUCGAAUUGACGCUUUUUUACUUAUUUGUAUAAUUCGUUUAAGCGAUCUAUAGCGUUUAAAUUAAUUGUUUAUAGAAUUUUGAAAGACUUGAGACACAAAAAUAAAGUUAAAAAUAGCCUUUCUCUCUUCAGAAAGAGUUUUUACACUUAACAAAAUAUUUUGCUGAUGUAGGUUUUUAGAUGUCACAAUGAAAAUUUAUCGCUAUUUUUUGUAUCUGUUAAGAACAUUUUAGCAAUUCUAGAAAAUUUAGGUCUUAUUGCCAAUUAUAUAGUCAGAUUUUAUAAUGAGUAUGAUUGGCCUUAACAUGAAUAGGCGCUACAGAAAAAUUUUCUUUUCAAAUUUCACAAACAGUUCAGAUAUAAAUUAUAUUUCUAUAUUUAGAUUAAGUAACAAGCAUAUUUGACAUCGCAAUAUUUGCUAAUCACUUAUUUACCUUAGUUAAUUUUUCGCAGCCAAAUAAUUGUGGUUGUAAUUGCAAGACUAUUUUUUUUUUAGUAUAAUGAAAUUCACUUAAUCAUGUUUCACUUGAUUUCAAUCAUGCAUAAAUCUAUCAUAUAUUUGCUUGGAUACGGCAUUUAGCUGCUAUUUUCUCUUGCAUAAUGAGAGCCGGUGAACGGGUAUAAUUACCAGCCGUUAACACGGCAACGACUAAUCUCCAGACAUGUCGACGUACGAGGAGAAUCUACAAGCGCGUAGGGAGAAACUACGUGAUCUCGUAUCGAGCGAGGAGGCGAAUCUAAUGAAGGAGAUCAAGGAGGUGGCACAGCGGGAUGAGUGUGCCCGAUUCGAAGAGCAGCUUGCGAGAACGGAGGAGUUGAGGAAACGGCACGAGGAGGAACACGGAGCGUUGGUAGCCGCCAAACAGAUGCAACGGUAUCUAGCCUCAUGUCCGGAUAUUAAGCAAGAAUUGUCGAGGAGAUCCACAAUCGACGCGAAGCGAUGUAACGAGGCGCAGAUGGCGAACAACGAAUCGAGGAGAUUAGCGGAGAAAGAACUGGACGCUGUCUGGCACGAGAUAAUGCUGAGGGAGAGCGAGACGAAGAGGCACAAAGAGACCGAGGAGUUCGAGAGACGAACCUUAGCCCAGCAAGAAACGGUGUCUGCUUUAGCCAAACAAGUGGCAGACAAGUUGACGCUAGAAGACAAGAGGAAGCGGGUCGAGAGGGACGAGGAGCAGGAGCAUCUGGAGCGGCUAUGCGAGGAUAUGCGUCGAGCGGAGUUAAGGAAUCUCGAGACGGAAAGGCAAAAGCGGGAAAAGUUGAAGAAGGAACUCGAGGAGCAGAUCCUGACGACGAGGAAGUUCCUCGCUGAACGUGCCCGCGAGGAAGCCGUAGUGGAUCGCGCAUUCAGAACGCUGGCCGAGGAAGAACAGGCUAGGGAGAGGGCUCGCGUGAAACAGGACACCGCGGCCCUUCGCGCUGAGUUAGACUCCUAUCUGAAAUAUCUGAAGGACUUGCAGCGAGAAGAGGUCAAACGGAAUCUCGAGGUGGAAGCUCUCGUUCGGCAGUCGCACGAGAAUAUCGAGGCAAAACGCGAGCUCGCGCUGAAGAAAUUCAAGGAAGCUCGCCGGCGCACCGCGCAGGAAGUCCUUCGCGGUCGGGAGGAACAGCUGAAGGCGCGACAGGAGGCAGAGGAGCGAGAACGAUGGCUGAAGAUGGAGGAGCGGGAGGCGCUCGAGAGGCAGAUCGAGAUGGAUGCCGACUUGACCGCGAUGAAGCAGAAGGAGAGCAGACAAAAGGCGCUUCGUUACGGGCUGGAGCUCAAGGAGCAGCAGAGAUGCAUCGAAGCGACGAGACGCCACGAACUGGAGGAGGAACAGCGGUACCACCGGGCCGAGAUGAAGAGGCGGACGGAGGAAUAUCAGAGGCUCGCGGACGAGUUGCUGAAUGCUUCCGAGAGCAUUACGCCGCAUCCGUUUAAAGCUCUGCUGAAGGAGUGCCUGAAGGAGUCCCCCUCCUGAAGGAGAAGGAAGGACGUUGUUACUGUCCUCCAACUUUAACUUCCGCCUAUCUGACAUGUUAGGAGGUACUGAUAAGUUACCAGGUGUACCUCUUGUAAAUUACUUCCCCGGCUUGGUACGCGGAUCAUGUAAAGGGCCAGAGGCAGACCAUUGAAUAUUCAAUCAAUCAGCGAGCGACCGCUAAAUCUAUGGCGAUAGAGAGACGUGAAAUAACUUGAUAGAAAUCACUGAAUAUUGAUAGAAAUUUAGCUUAUCGAGAUGUAAGAUGUUGGUAUUUUGUAGAAAAAUAUAGAAAUUAUGUGUAACUGAUCAUAUAAUUCGUGCUAAUAUUAUAAAAAUAUUAUAAUAUCCUUUUUUUUUCUUUUUUCUUGUUUCUCUCUAUGACUAGAUAAAAUACAUGUUUAAUAAUUUCUUUUUAUAAGAACAUAAUAAUUAAUUCUUUUUUAUAGAAAACUUCGACUGA